UCACCAUUCUCUACACAAAAACUCUCUCUAACUUUGGGCUUCUCUCGGAAUUUUGGCUAGUUUUUGAAGAAAAUGGAGGAUUAUGUCAACAAUCCCGCAAAUAUGCAUGAUUUUAGUUUAAUGAAUACGAAAGCCUUUGCGAACCUAAAAGGCUCUGGCGGUAACAUAUGGGAAGUCUUUGAAGUUUUAGAUGAUGCCCGACGUGCUAUUUUCAGAAAUACCGUCUUUGGCUAUUUUAUUGAUGUCCCUCGUUUACAAGGGGACGCUUUAUUGUUUCAUAAAAUGUUCCUUCAUCAGAUCCGGCCGGACCCUGUUUUAUCUCCAGAUGGAAUAAAACGUUUAUAUUUUCGAGUAGGCAAUACCAAAAUGGUUUAUGGGCCGGAAGAGUUUUGUUUGAUUACCGGCUUCAAUUUUGGGGAGUAUCCAAAAAACAUUGGGAGAAAAGGGUCGGAAAAAUUAAUAAGCAGUAAAAAAAGAUGUUUACUGCGUGAACGGCUAUUUCCGGACCAUACUAAUAGUUCGGUGAAAAUCGGCGACCUGAAAAGUUUAAUUUUAAAUCAAACAUUCCUAGCACUUGACGACCUUGAUGCAGUUAGAGUAUGUUUGAUAUACAUUUUGUGUGAAGGUUUUUUGGGCAAAGAAGUUAACGAUCGGGUGCCACAAGAUUGGUUUUUUUUGGCUGAGAAUUUGGAUCUCUGGAAUAGGUAUAUUUUCUUUACGUUAAAAGUUCUAUUUUAUUAAAGUUAUAAUUUAUAU